UGGCGAUCGGCCCCCGCCGGGUGGCCAAGAGCUCCGCCCGGGGGCGCCCCGGGGUCCCUGUUGCUGUGGGCGCCGAGGGGGCGGAUCCGGUCCGGACCAGCGAGGGGCGAGGGAAACACCCCGGGAGCCCCGCGCCCUGGCACCAUGCGACCCGCCGCGCCUCCUCCCGGGUCCGGGGCUGUAGAGUGUACUAGCUGAGCCCCCUGUGGUCACCGCCUCGGAGAGUGGCACCAAGAAGGUGGAAGAGGAGGAGAAGGCGACACUCGGGAGAGCAGUGCCCGGACAGAUUCGGCCGCUCCUCCACCUCCGAGAGCUGGCGACUCCCGGGUUCCCCAGCCUUAUCAUGAGCCGGGCGCCAGCCAGGCUUUAGGAGAAACUGAGACGCCGGAGCGAGUCGAGACAAUUCUUUGGUUGCUAAGUGUGAGAGAAGACACUCAGGAUGGCUCAGGGAUCCGGGGACCAGCGAGCAGUGGGGAUCGCUGAUCCAGAAGAGAGCUCUCCCAACAUGAUUGUCUACUGCAAAAUUGAGGACAUCAUUACAAAGAUGCAAGAUGACAAGACAGGGGGUGUGCCCGUCAGAACAGUUAAGAGUUUUCUCUCCAAAAUCCCCAGUGUCGUCACAGGUACUGACAUUGUGCAAUGGCUUAUGAAGAACCUUUCCAUUGAGGACCCAGUUGAAGCAAUACACCUGGGAAGCCUUAUCGCCGCCCAGGGCUACAUCUUCCCAAUCUCAGACCACGUUCUCACCAUGAAGGAUGAUGGUACCUUCUACCGAUUCCAGGCUCCUUACUUCUGGCCUUCAAACUGCUGGGAACCUGAAAACACGGACUACGCCAUCUAUCUCUGUAAGCGGACGAUGCAGAACAAAGCGAGGCUGGAACUGGCCGACUACGAAGCAGAAAACUUAGCAAGACUCCAGAGGGCCUUUGCCCGGAAGUGGGAGUUCAUCUUUAUGCAAGCAGAAGCGCAAGUAAAGAUUGACCGGAAAAAGGAUAAGACAGAAAGAAAAAUUCUGGAUAGCCAAGAACGGGCCUUCUGGGAUGUCCACAGGCCAGUGCCAGGCUGUGUGAACACAACAGAAAUGGAUAUCAGAAAAUGUCGGCGUUUGAAGAAUCCACAAAAGGUUAAAAAGUCAGUAUAUGGUGUGACAGACGAGACCCAGUCACAGAGUCCAGUGCACAUACCAAGCCAGCCAAUCAGGAAAACUACAAAAGAUGACAUCCGAAAACAGAUAACGUUUUUGAACGCACAGAUUGACAGACAUUGUCUGAAAAUGUCCAAAGUGGCUGAAAGCUUAAUCGCUUACACGGAGCAGUAUGUGGAGUACGACCCAUUCAUAACACCAGCAGAGCCAUCUAAUCCUUGGAUCAGCGAUGACAUCACCUUAUGGGACAUAGAGAUGAGCAAAGAGCCCAGCCAGCAGCGAGUGAAGCGUUGGGGCUUCUCUUUUGAUGAGAUACUGAAGGACCAGGUGGGGCGGGACCAGUUCCUCAGAUUCCUGGAGUCAGAAUUCAGUUCAGAAAAUCUCAGGUUCUGGCUGGCCGUCCAAGAUCUCAAGAAGCAACCUCUACAGGACGUGGCCAAGAGGGUGGAGGAAAUCUGGCAAGAGUUUCUAGCUCCCGGAGCCCCAAGUGCCAUCAACCUGGAUUCUCACAGCUAUGAGAUAACCAGUCAGAAUGUCAAAGAUGGAGGGAGAUACACGUUUGAAGAUGCCCAGGAGCACAUCUACAAGCUGAUGAAGAGUGACAGCUACGCCCGCUUCCUACGGUCCAAUGCUUACCAGGAUCUGUUGCUGGCCAAGAAGAAGCCAGAAAGUGAGCAAGGCCGUAGAACUUCCCUAGAAAAGUUCACCCGCAGUGUGUGCUGCUGGCGCAGAGUCAGAAUGGCCGCCGCGUUUCACCCCCGAGGUGGCUUCCUUCCAGCAGUGGGGAAAGUCACUGGCGGGCAAGCGCCUUACGGGCCUGAUGCAGUCCUCCUGACCGCCCCAACCCCAGGCCCAGGGCCCGGGCCCGCAGAGCACCCGGGCAGGCGACGCUCCACAUCCAACGACAGAGCUUCCUUGAGGGGAGAUUUGGUCACUGUGAAGGAGAAAGAGUGAGGGCCAUGGAAGGCACUGGCGGGAAGACGCGGUGGGUGAACGGGGAGACCAGAGAGAAAGAGUCCACGGUGCUGGGCUAGGGGGAGAGGCCCUGCUUAUAGCCUCUCUCUUGUACAGCCACACACCAAUGCUUAUUCUCAACAAGGGUCCAUUUCUAACUUGGUCAGAGAAUGUCUCAUGGGGUUCCUGUCUAACUGUCACUCGAGAUGUUAACCUCACCUGUCCAGUCGUCAGGAGAAUCACGCCUUCCAGCAAACUUCAGAGGGACCCUGGGCACAUAGUAUUAAACAUCACCUUCCUUCUACUCUCUCCAAUGCACUGGCAGCACUCACUGCCACCUGUUCACCCUCCCCGCACUGGUGGCCACCCAGGUGUACUGGGUGUGUGGCAAAACGCUGCUUUCACAUACAAUGUCAAAAGUCACAUCUUCAGCCCCAGUGACCCUUCAAGUUCUCUCCACCCUCUGUGGGACCACAUUUUAAAGAAGUCUCCGUGGGUGUGAUGGCCACCCCGAGUUCCCAUCAAAUGUCUAAGGGUCCAGAGCUUGAAGAGGCACCUAGUACAGAUAAUGGAGUGUAUUGUUUAGCCAUUGAAAGUUUGGGUGACAAUCUUUUAAAGAUAUUAUUACUUCCUGUCUUCUGAUUGUGCCCCUUGCCCCUCGGCUUGUCCCCUUGUAUUUUACUCACAAUAAACAUGGCCAUGAACUCAGGGGCCAUUGGGCUUCUCCCCACUGGUAGCCCAAGAUGGAAGUUUCUGGAGGUGGAUGGGUUGUAGGGCUGGCCCAUGGUGGUAUCCUACCAGGCCUGGCCAGACUCUCACUGGUUUAGGGCUCAGUUGUUCCUGAAGCUUAAACACACUAUGUAAUGACAGGUCCCAGCCAGAGCCGCAGAAGUCCCCUCCCAACCUUAUUCUGAAGACCCAACCAAAGCACCUUAUUAAAAGAAGCCGAUCAUCUAGAAAAAAUGAGCUAGAACCUGCAAGAGAUCUUCUGUGUUCUCCCGGUGUGUCAGAAUAACCAUUUGUCAACCUGGGUGUGAAGUCUUGUAGCUAAGGUGUCGCAUCAGUUCCUGAAUGAACACACAAGCAGUGCUUGGCAAAUGGCGGCUAGUACGGUCAUUGUCAUUGUUACAAUGACAAUGUGAUCACCAGAUGCCCUCAGACACAGAUGUAUUAGGCAAUAUGCUUUAAAUUCAAACACACACGCACACCUGCCCUGCCAACACCUGUUGGCUCCUCCUUUGAUCUAUAUUUGGCCAUAGGUGAAAACUCCCCCUUGGGAGUAUAUAAACAGAGAAGGAAAAUGAAGGAAAGAAGUUAGGAAGGAAGGGAGGAAGGAAGGAAGGAAGGAAGGAAGGAAGGAAGGAAGGAAGGAAGGAAGGAAGGUAGGCAAACAUUGUUUGUGUAAGCAAAUUGACUAGCUGGUGACCCAAGGUCCACGUGUUUGUUCAGUCUCAGCUUUCUGGGUGCAUCAUGUGACCCAUCUGCCCAGCCCCCACCUGCAAACCCUGUCUAUGUCUGCUUCUACACACCCCCAGAUCCACAAGCCUCCUGUUGGUCCCUCACAGAGGAAUCCUCCAGGGGCACUUAUAAUCCUCCUUUUAAGAUUCUUGGCCAGCACAUCUGUUUCCAGGUUAGUUUUCUUCUUGAGACAUGGUGGAAGUCAGAGGGUGUCUCCAAAGGUGAGGGUAAACACCCAGACUCUUGCCAGCUGCUCCCGCUGAGCCUUGGUAAACCAGAAGUAUCCACAUGAGUAGUGAGUGGGGGAAUUGAAGCCACAACCCAAGUUAUGGGGUCUUCCAGCCCCGUCUCUCUAGCUCCACUUAAAACAAAUAAAACAACAAAACAAACAAGACUCCUUUACAUAGAACCCCCCAGUUUCUGAACAAAGUUGUAGUCCAAGUUCAUCUCCAUCCAACAUUACCCAAAGGAAACUUCUCUACCAAGGGCACCCUAGGCUGUGCUGACACUAAGACAUCUGAUAUUCUCAAACAGUGGUUACAUCUGUGCCCUCAGUCACGCAGGACAAGGAUUAUGGCUGCCCUCUGCCCCUUCUAUGGACUACAGAACACAUUCUAAGCCAGGCUGCAACCUGGGUAGGACAGAUUUCUUGAACACAGCUUCUGUGCCCUUUUCUGCACCAAUUCUUGUCUGCUGGUUUUGCAAUGUGCUGAUCUGAAAACUGGCCUCACUCUGGAGGUCCCCACGUGGCCCACCCAGAGGCAGGUAUAUUCUAGUUCUGCGAUGAACAGGAGGCACACUUCUAAAGACUUCCAGGGGACAGAGAAGCAGACAGGACAGUCGGCAGGUUCAAUAGGGCCAAGGACAGACAGACAGACACUCUACACGGACUCAAGCCUGGAGCAAUAAGCUCUCUCCCCCACCUCACUACAAGGGGUAAUCACAGGCAUGUGGCCACUAUGUGUGCCUCGGGAGAUCAGGCAAGUUGAGAAAACAAAGCAGAACAAAGUUGUUCCACCCAAGUUGACCAGCCCACGUCAGUUUGACAUGCAAGAUUAUAAUGCAAAGAUUGGAAAAAUUGGAUCUCAGCCAGCUUCCCUUUGGCCUGGUACACACAGACAAAAAUCUAGAUGUUUGAUCAUCAUUCCUCAGCAAGGCAGAUUCCUCUGCCCUGUCCUGCCCCCCUGGAAGCCUGCUGGGCUCUCCCGGCUUGAUGUGGUCUGAGAGGAGAAUCUACCCUGUGAUGACAUGUGGCACAAGGGUCAUUUUGGCAGCUCCCCAGUCUCAGCAGGUGAGUCGGGCACAGGCAGGGAAACAAAUGCUGACAUAAAUGUUUCCUGCAUUGGCCAGAGUGCAGCUGGGAGACUGUACAUCUAAACGCCCAGCAGUGCCCUGACACCAGGCUGACCUAGGGAGCCAGAAGAAACAACCUGCCUUUCUAGAAAGUGACACAUCCAUCUCACUUCCCUGGCUGUGUCCCAGAAAGAAAGGGAGGCCAGUGAAGUUAGUUAAGUCCUCUCUAGGCUUGCCCACCGCUCAGUAGCUAGGUAUCAGACGAGUACCCAGGAAGGGCCUCUUACAAUGCUAAGUUGCUGCUUGGACUAGCCAAGCACUUGGGACACGCCCAACAAGAUUCCUGGGAUGUUCAAACUACCUCACUAACAGGAUACAGACCCAGGCGCCUGGCCCACGUGCUGGUUAUGAAAGUCAGUGGUUUUCCUGAAAUGCGCCCUCCCGUUCUGUUGCGCGUGUGUGGGCUUCAGACGACAGCACCAAGAAGCCUUCCCAGAAUGGGGAAAGGAUUGAGGGCUGUUCAUCUUUGGGCCCUGGAGAAUUUCCUGGAGGAAAAUGUUCCAGCAAGUUCCAGGAACUGGGAAGCCCAGGGCUAGGGAGAAAUUCUGUGACACCAGCCUGCAAAGGGACCUGGCUGAGAUGAAUUCGUUGGCAAGGACUGUGGAAUAGUUGAGUAGUGGUCAAAUAAAUUGCUAAUAACUCACCACUGGAAUCUCCGAGAGAGGCCUGUGCUCAUGUAACCAUGGCAACAGCAGACGCCAGCAAUCUACUCAUUAGUGCCACCCAGUGAUAAGGCCUCCCCCUGGGCAAGACCCAGGGGCCAUCAAGUAGCAAAGUAGCAAAUGUAGCAAUAAGGGGCCUGGGACCCUGAGGUGGCAGGAUCCAAAUAACAGGGUCUCAGCCUUCCCCAAGCCUCAGACGGGGGCAGAGACAGCGGCUAUCAGCUGUCUGGGGUUGGGGAGCCCUGCCCACACCAAGGGUCCCUGUCCUAUAGCCUAUGACCAUUCACCGCAUGAUCACAGACACGUUGGAAUGGCCCCCUCGUAGUGCAUGUGGUUCUCGUUAGUUUAUUUUUCUGGAAUUUGGGGAACUGGACCCCAGGACCAAACAUGCUGGAAACAGUCUAAAAAUAAACAACUACUUGAACCCA